AUGCCUCCUUUCAGUGCCUCUCUUUGACCUGAGCUGACCACGGCAAUGUCGGAGACCAUGAGAACUGCUGCUGCCAGCCAGGCUGCUGAUGACAAGGAACAGGGAGCCCUGGCCCCAGCCCCAUCUCCAGACCACACUCCUGCUUCGAACACUAAGGCUGAGCAGCCUUCCAGGAAAGCUUUCAGGAUCGUCAUCUUUGAGCAGGAGAAUUUCCAGGGCAGGAAGAUGGAGUUCACAAACGAGUGCCUGAACCUAGGCGACCGUGGGUUCGACCGGGUGCGCAGCGUCAUUGUCAGCACUGGACCCUGGGUGGCCUUUGAGCAGUCCAACCUGCGCGGAGAGAUGUUCAUCUUGGAGCAGGGUGAGUAUCCUCGCUGGGAUACCUGGUCCAGCAGCUACAGGAGCGACUGCUUCAGGUCCAUGCGUCCCGUCAAGAUGGUGGCUGAUGGCUAUAAAGUCUCCCUCUUUGAAUCUGCUGACUUCAAGGGCAACAAGAUGGAAAUCCAGGAAGAUGACGUGCCCAGCCUCUGGGCUCAUGGCUUCUGUGACCGGGUGGGAAGUGUGAAAGUGUCCAGUGGAACCUGGGUUGGAUACCAGUAUCCUGGCUACCGAGGCUACCAGUAUCUCUUUGAGAAAGGAGACUUCAGACACUGGAAUGAAUGGUCUGCCUUCCAGCCCCAGGUCCAGUCUAUCCGUCGCAUCAGGGACAAACAGUGGGAUCAGAAAGGCUUUUUCACCGCCCCUGACGCUCCUUCGAACUGAGCAUGCUCCCUGCUAGCUAACAAUCCUGGGCCAUGUAGCACCUCGACACCCCUGCUACUUUUUGUGAACAGCCCCCAUCUCUCCUCUCUCUCGCAUCCCCUUUUUCGGCACUUUCCUUGUAUAUUGCACAUUUAUUGGCUGUCCUGUACAUUGUGAUGCAAAAUAA